AUGCAUGUUGGCACAUCUGGCCCCACACCUGAUGCAAAUGAUCAAACCAUUGGUACUGAAUCAGUGAGUGCUAAAGUGGGAACUAUGCUCCAAACUGCAAAAGUGUUAGUUCAAGGUCAGAAUGGAAAAAGUGCUUGUAUUCGAAUGUUGUUUGACACAGGUGCAGACACAACUUACGUUUCUGCUUCUUUGGUGAAAAAGUUAGAGCCAGAGUGGAUCACAGCCAGAUCAGUCAGUUAUGCAGCAUUCGGUGAAGAUAAACCUUCUAGCAGUAAAAUCAGAAAUGUGUACAAGUUGGGGGUCCAGAACAAACUUGGCAGAAUUGAGUAUCUCAGGGCCAUAGAAGUGAACACUAUUUGUGCUCCUUUGCACAAACCUUGUGUACCGAGAGAGACAUUUCAGUCAUGUGUCCAGUUUGAGUUAGCCGAUGAUUUUCAAGGGUCAGCAGAAAAUGUGACCAUCGACAUUGUACUCGGACUGGACCAUUACUGGAAUGUCAUGAAAUCUGGCCUUGAGAGACUCCCAGGUGGCUUGGUCUUACAAGAAUCUGUAUUUGGCUGGAUCCUCUCAGGGUCAUGGUGUGAAGCCAAUAGCGAUGGACAUUCUCACAGUGAUUCUAGUCCUCAACUUAUUUCUCAUCAGCUGGUCUGUCUUUCUGAUAUGCCUGACAUCAGUAAGUUCUGGAAUCUGGAAGUAAUAGGUGUUUCGGGUUCCAAUGAAAAACCAGAUUUGUCUAGAGAUCCUGUUAUUCAGAGAUUCAACAAUUCUGUCACCCUAGUAGAAGGGCGAUAUGAGGUUAGGCUGCCCUGGAAAAACCCAGAUGCUAAGUUGAAUCUCUUGGAUAACAGGAAACAAGCCGAGAUUAGAUUAAGGAAUCCUUCUCGGAAAUUAGAUAAAGACUCAUCUUUGAAAACCAGAUAUGGCCAGGUUUUCGGAGAACUAGAAGUAGAGGGCAUUAUCGGAGAGAUAGAUCAGCUUGGAGAUUUAGGUGAGAAAGCGAUGUAUUACAUGCCUCAUAGGCCAGUGGUAAAUGAAUCGAAAGUUUCAACCAAAGUACGUCCAGUUUUUGAUGCUUCUGCCAAGGCCAUAAACGGUAUUUCUCUCAAUGAUUGCCUGGAAACAGGCCCUUGUCUUCUGCGUUGUUUGGUUGAUACGUUGAUUAGAUUUCGCAGAUGGCGUGUGGGACUGACUGCUGAUAUUGCCAAGGCUUUUCUCCAAAUUCGGGUACAUCCUGAUGAUCAAGAUGUACAUAGAUUUCUUCUGAGUGAUCAGGGUUACGUCAGAGAAAUGAAGUUUCUUAGGGUACCCUUUGGCAACACCAGCAGUCCCUUCCUACUCAAUGCAACCAUCAAACAUCAUCUGUCAAAGUAUCCUAAGUCAAGAGCUGUGGUAGAAUUAGAAGAUAAUUUGUAUGUAGACGAUUUGUUGACGGGUGCUGAUUUUGACAAUGAAGUACCGAGUUAUUCUCAGAAGCAAAGAAAGUGA